AGAGAGCCCACAUACGUCGUACUUGAAUUUGUACGAAAUUUUUGGUCAUUCUGGUGUCUGUGUAAAAGUUCAGCGGCUUUGACUAAUUCCCCAAUUUCCCGGCCAUCUUCCCCGCAAAAUGCACGCCCACGCCUUUAAGCCACCAUGCGGAACUUCCCACCACCACCCAAGACGCUCAGUAGAGGCAACGAAUCGGGUUUCGUUUGACAACAGGAUAUGUUAUCAAAUUGUCACAUUCUGCAGCUGUGUGACUCGGGUGAAAGGCAGACUUGAGCCAUGGCUACUAGCUCCGAGCGACCGAUGACUAGGCAACAAGCCCAUAUUCCGCCGACAGCGGCGUGCGAAGCAUGUCGCAAGCUCAAAAUGCGAUGUAUCCGGCCGAACGCGUCCAGUUCAACCAAAGAACCCGAUGAGCCUUGCGACCGCUGCAGACGCACGAACCGUGCCUGCAAUAUUCCCACCCCGCGCCCACUAGGUCGGAAGCGAGGUGCAGUUGGUCGAUAUCAUGGAUUCGAAAAGGCCUAUCGAAAGAUGCAGGCGGAACUGAAGAAAGCCCGCGCAUCGACAGAUAAAGCAUCUGAAAUUCAGAGCUUAUCUCCGGGGCGAGAUGAAUCUGAAAUGCUCGACCUCCUACGAUCAAACAUACACAAAAUUGACCGAGGCAAUGGUGACUGGGAGCUACCUGCCGAAAGCAGGAGGCCUGGUCACCAAAACCCACUAUCACCCAGUUCAAGCACGAUCAAUGCAAGUGGUCUACCGGCAUCGGAACAGAAUCAAAGCCCGUAUGUGACUACGCCUUAUGCUCCUGAGACCAUCACCUCGCACGUGAGCUUGGAACCAGUUAGCAACCCACUGGCUCUCAUGGCAGAAGCUGCCAGUGCUGCACAAGCACUGGAAACUCAAGUUGGCCCCACAGAUUUAUCACCAGCCUCAAACUUUGAGUCCAUUUCUGGAGAUGGUGAGGGCAUAGGUCGAUAUCUGCUCCACCGACCCGGUUACGUUUCUCUUGGACUUCACCUAGAUCGCAAGGUUCUCGAAAGUGGAAUCGAUGCAUUAUUUGCCCCUGCAAUGGAGUCUGACCGAUACUCAAAUUACUUUCGAUCGCCCGGUGCGAAUCCUCCACGAGAUAUCGGCCCAGACUUAGAUCCAGUGGAUCUUGGAUUGGUGUCAAUGGAAGAGGCCUAUGCACUAUUUCCAGUCUAUUUUUCACGCCUUCAUUUGAUCAACGGAAUUCUCGAUCCCAUGUUACACACUCCGGGCUAUGUUCGAUCCCGAUCCUCCCUCUUGUUUACCUGGAUCCUUGCUCUCACGGCACAAUUCGACCAUGCCUCGGGCAAUCUAGCCAAAAGGCUACGACUUCAUGGGGAGAAGCUAUCUCGACAUGUUCAUACUUGUGGCUAUAAGACGGUGGAGGUUGUCCAGGGGUACUAUAUCUCGCUCUUAUCAGCAACUCCGGCGAACACUCUAUCCGAAGAACGAUCAUGGCUAUACACCAUGUACGCCUUUGGAGUAGCAGCAGAGCUGGGACUCGAUCAACAGCGCCGGACACGCUACCAAAAGGAAUCAGACUCCUGCGAUACGCAAAAUCGAUCGCCUGAAGGCACCCACUCUCAGCGUCUCCUCACCUUCGGACAGCGAUCUGCAGUUUCCAUCCAGGAAAACCCCGAGACUUCUGACGGUCCCUUGUUGGAAGAUCAAACCUACCUUCAGCGGCUGGCUCGCAAUAGAGAGCGCACCUGGUUACGGAUCCUGCUUUGGGAGCGAGCGAAUAGUGCAGCUUGUGGCCGGAUAAAUGCCUUCCCGGAGACAGAGUUGACCUGCAACAUCGAGAACUGGUGGAUGCACCCGCUGGCUGAUUUGACCGAUAAGCACACCUGUGCGUUCAUCCUUCUUCGCCGUCAUCUAGCUACUCUCCAAAGUGAGAUAAGACGGCAGGCAAGUAUACCGCAUUCAAACCCUCACUGGGUGCGCGAUCUUGUGGACACCGAUUUUGGACCAUGGCAAGCGACUUGGCUGCCAUCUCCAAACACUAUUUUACCUCAUCCCGAAAAGCUUCCAGACCUUUACCUUUAUUAUGUCUACAUUCACAACCGGCUGUGGACCUUAUCUUCUGCACUCAAUAUUUCUGCCAACAAUGAUCGUGAGCUAGAUGCCAUUCGCGAGGACUGCUUUGAUGCCGCUAUACACUGUUGCGAAGUUGCUGUACGAGACCUACCGGUCAUUGGAGAACCAAUGUACUGUAUGCUUUCUCCAACUUGGGCGAUGAUUUCUUAUGCGGCAGUACUAGCUCUCAAGCUUUUCCCAUAUCUACAUGGGUCACGCGCGGGGUAUGAGGUCGAGCUACUUGCAUUGCUAGCGCAAGUUGCAUUGCAAUUGAAACGUGCAGGGACUACACCGUCUCAUCAGGUUGGGAUUGCUGCGCUACUUGGCCAGCACUUGCUGGUCAUCCUGCGAGCAAGAGCGUCUAUGCUUAAGGAUGCCGUUCUCACUCCCGGGGAACCAUUUGCGCCGCAGCAUAAUAAUGGAACUAACCAUGAUCCGGGUUGCCAUCUCGGAGGAAAUCUGCCUAACAGCACAGCAUCAAGGGAGACAUUGUCAGGUACGCGCGUGAAUAAUGCUUUGGUGUCCACCUAUGACCCGCUCUUAACAACAGCUACCACGAGCACCGACACAGACCUUGGUGAGGAGGGAUUCACAGAUCUUUUGCGAGAGAUUUUUGGUCCAGGAUUUGGCGAUGUGUUUUAAGGUCCAAUCGUUCUUUUUCUAGAUACGUGCAAUGACGCAUAUGAAUCAAAUCAAACAACACGAUUUACAUCUAUUU